UCCCUACCUACCCCCACCCUUCCAGCCCAGAUGAUGGAUGCAGAUGUUUACAAUCAAACGUUGAGGUUAUCGCCUGCCGGUUAUUGUUUUUGUCGUGCGACUUGUCGACUUGUCGGUUUUCUUGAUUUCUUCUACUGCAUCUGAAACUUGACAAUUAUUUGCUGUACAUUUAUGUAAUUAGCUGUUUAACUUUACAUUUAUAGUUUAUCCUUUUCAAUUUACUCUGAAAACCAAAUCAUGGUUGCCGGCUAUAUAUGACAGCACAGCUAUAUUUCAUGUCUCUUUAGUUAAACAUAUGAUAAUGCCUUAAAAUCAAUCAGACAUAAUUUAGAAAUGGAGGAGACAACAAUUGUUCAGAGCAUUGCUCCUCAAAAUAUUGUAGUUAUUCAUCCUGGCUCCUUAAAUGUUCGCAUCGGAAGAGCAUCGGAUCUUAAUCCAGUCUCUGAGCUCCAUGCUAUUGCAAGGAGAAAAAAGGUUGGAGGCCAAAUUCAUCGAGAUGACAUUUUGCCAGCAGUUAUUCCAAAGACUCGUGAGCUUACAGAUCUUUUAGAAGAUGUUCGUCUGCAAGUAUCACAUGCAGUUCAGUCCUGUCUCCAAUCAGAUGGGAGAAGGCGUUAUGCGACUCCUCCACAACAGAUAGCAGCCUUCAAUAGACGUUCUGAGCCAACAACUGUGGAAGUUCCUAACACGACCAAUAUAGUUGGAGUUUCUAAAUGGAUUAAACCUGAAAGCGACAUUGUUAUAGGAAAUGAUAUAUCAAGUCUAGAUCCUACCCUUGAUUUUAACAUCCAUUUUCCAUACCGGAGAGGUGAUUUUAAUGUACAUAGUGGCCCAGGUGGAUCUGUAUCAGCAGUACUGGCUGAUCUAGAAGCAAUUUGGGGACACCUUUUAUCUUCAAAAUUAGGUCUUCCUAAGCCUCAGAGAAAGCAAUGCCGGGCUGUGCUUGUUAUACCAGAUGUCUACAAUCGACAAUAUUUAAAAGAACUGAUGACACUUUUGCUUAGUGAUCUUGGCUUUGGUGGAUGUUUUCUUCUCCAGGAUCAUGUUGCGGCUACUUUUGGUGCAGGUUUGGGUGUUGCUUGUGUUGUAGAUGUUGGAGAUCAAAAAACAUCUGUUUCAUGUGUAGAAGAUGGCAUAUCUCACCGUAAUACAAGGAUAAGGAUGGAGUAUGGAGGAGGAGACAUCACACACAUAUUCCAUUGGUUGCUGUGUAAAUGUGCUUUUCCCUAUAAAACGUGUGACACAAGAAACAAUACAGAUGCUAUGCUGUUGCACAGACUCAAAGAGGACUUCUGCCAUGUUAAUUUGGAUGUUUGUGGAUCACACGAGAAAUCAUUUGCUAUCCAGAAAGUUCAAACAGGAAUUCAACAGUACACUUUGAUGCUUGGUGAUGAAUGUAUUGUGGCUCCUUUAAGUUUAUUUUAUCCAGAACUAUUCUCCAUGACAGGAGCAAAAACUUCUAUUACUCAGAAAAGAUAUUCGGGUGAUUCUGAAGAUCCUUUUGAUGACCAUUUCAUUCGAGAAACUGGAAGGAAGGGUGCCAAGGAGAAUCUAGAUACAACUGGUGGGGCAGACAUUUCUGCUGUUGGAGAACUACCCGGUGCUGAAGAUGAUAUUGUUGUUGACAAUCUUGAUGGAGGCACUGGCACAACUGGAGUAGGAGAAUUUGAAAUAAGUCCUGGGAAGCUUCUAGGCUUGGAUCAAGCGGUCUUACAGAGCAUCGACAGAUGUCCAUCAGAGGACAUGAAGAGGAAAAUGUACAACUGUGUCUUGGUUGUUGGAGGUGGAAUGAAAUUUAACGGCAUAGCAACAUACCUUCAAAACCGGCUUCAUUUACAAGUACCCUUUGCGUACAGAUCAGAUCAAACAGAUAUUGUCAUGACACCGAAAGACACCGAUCCUCAACUCACUGCAUGGAAGGGAGCCUCAAUUCUUUCAUGCCUCGAGUCUUCUCAUGAGUUGUGGAUAACGCCAGAUGAAUGGAAACGCAUUGGAGUGAAAAUUUUGCGUGAGAGAGCUCCAUUUAUGUGGUAAAGUAUUCAAAAUAAAAAAAAUGUAAAUACUGAUGUUCCAGACAUCAUAAAACUGGAAACAAAUACAUAGUCAAAUAAGUAAA